CCCGGCGGGGCAUGGAGGCGCUGGGCAGCCCGCUGGCCGGCGGCCGGGACGCGGCGGGCUCGUCGCCCACCUCCAAGCAGGAGCUGGCGCCGUACGCGGGCGCGGGCGCGGGGCUGAAGCCCAACCAGGUGGGCGAGACGUCGCUGUACGGCGUGCCCAUCGUGUCGCUGGUGAUCGACGGGCAGGAGCGGCUGUGCCUGGCGCAGAUCUCCAACACGCUGCUCAAGAGCUACAGCUACAAUGAGAUCCACAACCGGCGCGUGGCGCUGGGCAUCACGUGCGUGCAGUGCACCCCGGUGCAGCUGGAGAUCCUGCGCCGGGCCGGGGCCAUGCCCAUCUCGUCGCGGCGCUGCGGCAUGAUCACGAAGCGCGAGGCGGAGCGGCUCUGCAAGUCCUUCCUGGGCGAGCACAAGCCGCCCAAGCUGCCCGAGAACUUCGCCUUCGACGUGGCGCACGAGUGCGCCUGGGGCUCGCGGGGCAGCUUCAUCCCCGCGCGCUACAACAGCUCCCGCGCCAAGUGCAUCAAGUGCAGCUACUGCGCCAUGUACUUCUCGCCCAACAAGUUCAUCUUCCACUCGCACCGCACGCCCGACGCCAAGUACACGCAGCCCGACGCCGCCAACUUCAACUCCUGGCGCCGCCACCUCAAGCUGAGCGACAAGGCGGCCGGCGAGGAGCUGUGCCACGCCUGGGAGGACGUCAAGGCCAUGUUCAACGGCGGCACCCGCAAGCGGACCUUCUCCGUGCCGCCCGCCAAGCCGCCGCCGCCGCCCGCCGCCGACCUGCAGCCGGCACACAAGAGCCUGCGCUCGGACGAGCCGGCGGCCGAGCGGGCCGCGCUGGGGCUGGCGGGGCCGGGCGCGGUGCGCAGCUACCCGGUCAUCCCGGUGCCCAGCAAGGGCUUCGGGGUGCUGCAGAAGCUGCCGCCGCCGCUCUUCCCGCACCCCUACGGCUUCCCCGCCGCCGCCUUCGGGCUCUGCCCCAAGAAGCCGCCGGACGAGGCGGCGGGAGGCGGCGGUGGCGGCGCGGGGGAGCCCGGCAAGGGGCCGGCGCUGGCGCCGGGCAUGUUCUGGGGCCCGCCCGCCCCGCACGCGCCGCCGCCGCAACCCCCGCAGCAGGGCCCGCCGCCCACCAGCAAGGACGGCGCCGUCUACCCGGCCUUCCCCAUGUUCUGGCCGGCGGCCGGCAGCCUGCCCGUGCCGCCCUUCCCCGCGCCCAAGGCGGCGGCGGCGGAGCCCGAGGGCUCGGAGCCGUCGGGCAGCGGCCGCAGCAGCGCCACCCCGCAGGACGGCGCGGGCCCCGACGGCGAGGCCCUGCCGCUGCCGCCGCCGCCCCGCGCCGACGAGGCGGACGAGGCGCUGCUGCCGCUGCUGCCGCUGCCGCUGCCCAGGAAGGGCAGCUACCUGUCCGCCUUCCGGCCCGUGGUGAAGGACGCCGAGAGCAUCGCCAAGCUCUACGGCACCCGCGACGGCUACGGCCCGGCCCGCGGCCUCUCGCCCGACUUCCUCAGCGAGGGCAGCUCCAGCUACCGCUCGCUCUCGCCCGGCGCCGACACGGCCGAGGAGCCCGAGGUGGACGUGGAGUCGGGCCGCUUCCCCGACGACGAGGACGAGGAGGACGGCGAGGAGGCAGCGGCGGCGGCGGCGGCCGGCGAGCAGCCCGCGGAGCCGCCGGAGCCGCCCGGGGACGCGGGGCCCGAGGAGGCGCCGUCGGAGCGGCCGGAGCGCAGCCCGCAGCGGAGCGGGUUCGAGGUGCGGGGCGGCCCCGGGGGCUCCCCCCGCUCCCCGCCGCGGCCCGCGGGCUCAGCGCGCUUCUCUCCGCAGGUCUACGAGCGGGACGAGGCUCCGCAGGCGCGGAAGGGCCCCUACCUCGGGCCGCCGGAGGCGCCCGAGGCAGAUAAAGGCGACAAUCCCCCGGGCGCCGAGGAGCCGGACGGCCGCAAGCCCUGCCCCGAGCCCCGCGCCUCGCACCCCAGCCCCGGCGCCGACAGAGGCACACACGCACGCACACACACUCAUCCCUGGCGAGUGUCAGGCGCGGGCCGGCGGCGGGGCUGGGUGUGCGGCUGCCCCGGGCCCGGCCUGAGCGCCCCGCACUUCCCCGCAGGCGAGGACGGGCUGAGCCCGGACGGGCCGGGCGCGGCGCUGCUGGAGAAGGACAUCGAGAACCUGGCCCGAGACGAGCUGCAGAAGCUGCUGCUGGAGCAAGUGGAGCUCAGGAAGAAGCUGGAGCGCGAGUUCCAGAGCCUCAAAGAUAACUUCCAGGACCAGAUGAAGCGGGAGCUGGCCUACCGGGAGGAGAUGGUGCAGCAGCUGCAGAUCGUGAGAGACACGCUGUGCAACGAGCUGGACCAGGAGCGCAAGGCGCGCUACGCCAUUCAGCAGAAGUUGAAAGAGGCGCACGACGCGCUGCACCACUUCUCCUGCAAGAUGCUGACGCCGCGGCACUGCACGGGCAACUGCUCCUUCAAGCCCCCGCUGCUGCCCCAGUGAGGCCGGGCCGGGCCCGAGACACAAGCCAUUCCCCCGGGGACAGUGUACAUAGGACUGCGGAGCCGGGGACAGCCCGCCGGCCCGGCCCCGACGUGCAAUGGGUGUACAUGUCCUGUGUUGCUCUUGGUGCGGUGUUCGUCGUGUCCUCCCCCCCCCGGCUCCGGUCUGGAUGUGACAGCACUUUAGAGGGCGGCCCCCGGGGGCGGGGGGGACCCCGGCCCGGCCCGGCCCGGCCCGCCCCGCCGCGGGAGGCCGCGCCUGGAAGUGAGCUUUUCUUUUCUGCUUCGGUUUCGUUCUUUAAUAAAAACCCGCCU